UAAUAGCUUUUCUUUUAUUAUGAUAUAAUUUAUUUUAAUUUUUUUAUUAUUCGAGAUUGAUAUUUUUUGUUGCUACAUAUAGACGAAUGUAAAAGUGGUGACCAUAAAUGUAAACAAAACUGUCGUAAUACACCCGGUUCAUACGACUGCUUUUGUAACCCAGGAUAUUCUCUUGGUAAGGAUAAGGAGGCGUGUUUCGACAUUGAUGAAUGUAAAAACAGUAACCAUGGAUGUAAACAACGAUGUCAAAACUCGCUAGGGUCCUAUUUCCGCUCCUGUUAUAGGGGAUACUACCUGGAUUCUGACAACAAAACGUGUGCUGACAUCAGGGAAUGUGAAAGUGAUCAUGGAUGUCAGCAAAAUUGCCGAGAAACACCGGGUUCCUAUGUCUGUGAUUGUGAACUUGGGUACACGCUAGAUGAAGACAAAAGGUCAUGUAAUGACGUGGAUGAAUGCAGUAACAGUACCCACGAAUGUCAACAAAUUUGCCUUAACUCAAUCGGUUCCUAUAGCUGUUCCUGUAAUAUCGGAUAUGAACUCACCGCUGAUAAUUACACGUGUUCAGAUAUCGACGAGUGUGAGAGCAACAUUCAUAAAUGUGAGCACAUUUGUGAAAACACACCAGGGUCCUACACUUGUUAUUGUAAAACUGGAUUUACUCUAGACACUGAUAACAGAACGUGUCAAGGCAUCGAUUGUGAUAUAAAUAAUGGAGGAUGCGAGCAUAACUGUGUACAUAAGAUGGGAAUAUUCGAAUGUAACUGUAAUGAUGUAUAUGCUUUAGCUAAGGAUGGAGUAUCGUGCAAUGAUAUCGAUGAAUGUGCUACCAAGAAUGGAGGAUGUGACCAACAGUGUAACAACUCAGACGGAUCCUUUUCUUGCAGUUGUUAUGGUGGGUAUAUUCUAAAUAAUGAUAAUAUGACAUGUGAAGACUUGAAUGAAUGCGAAACCAACAAUGGCGGCUGUGUUCAAAUUUGUGAAAAUAAGAAUGAGACAUUUAGGUGUGUGUGUGAAGACGGAUAUUCUCUGCAAAAUGACAAUCGAACGUGCAUUGAUAUCAAUGAAUGCGAAACAAAUAAUGGCGGAUGUGAACAGCUUUGUAUAAAUGAAGAUGGACAAUUUGUUUGUUCCUGUUCGGAUGGAUUCUCACUUGAAAGCGAUAACAGAUCGUGCAAUGAUGUAAAUGAAUGCGACACAAACAAUGGGGGAUGUGAACACCAUUGCACAAAUAAAAACGGGUCAUACUCUUGCAGCUGUUUAGAAGGGUUUGCCUUGCAGUCUGAUAAUAUGACAUGUACAGACAUAAACGAAUGCGAAAUAUAUAACGGACGCUGCGAUCAAAAUUGCAAUUAUUCGGAAGGGUCUUAUUUCUGCUACUGUUCUGAAGGCUUCACGCAACAGGCUAUCAAUGAAACUUGCGAGGAUAUAAAUGAAUGUGAAAUUGAAAAUGGAGGUUGCAAUCAGACCUGUGUCAAUGUCAACGGAUCUUUCAAAUGUGAAUACAACAAAGGAUAUUUGAUAUCGCCAGAUAACAUUUCGUGCGAAGACGUGAAUGAAUGCAUCUUUGGCAAUGGCAACUGCAGCCAGAUCUGCGUAAACGAAGAGGCAUCUUUCUCUUGUGGAUGCUUGGGUGGAUGUAUUCUCCAAGAUGAUGGUAAAGCAUGCCUCGAUGUGAAUGAAUGUGAGGUAAACAACGGAGGAUGUGAGGAGCAGUGUACAAAUACUGAAGGCUCAUUCUACUGCAGUUGCGAUGUGGACCACAUUCUAAAUACAGAUGGGUUUACGUGUGAUAGUACCGAUGAAUGUAAGAGUAAAAGGAUCCAUGAAUGCGAACAAACCUGUGUAAACAUACCAGGUUCAUAUGUUUGCUUUUGCAAUGCUGGGUUUUCACUCGACUCCGACAACAAAACUUGCUCAGAUAUUAAUGAAUGCAAAGUCGAUAACGGCGGAUGCGAUCAUAACUGUACCAACAUAAAUGGGACGUUUGAAUGUGGCUGUAACGAAGGAUAUAGUUUACAGAACGACUCGACAUCAUGCAAAGAUGUUGAUGAAUGUGCGGACGAGAAAGGCGGUUGUGAGCAAUUAUGCAUCAAUACAGACGGGUCAUUUUCUUGCAAUUGUUCUGACGGGUUUGUCCUGGAGAAUGACAGUGUAACUUGUAAAGACUUAAACGAAUGUGAAGCUAAUAAUGGUGGAUGUGAUCAAAUAUGUACCAACGAAAAUGGAACAUACACUUGCGUGUGUACAACUGGAUACUUAUUGAAUGAUGAUGCUCAUACAUGCGAUGACGUCGAUGAGUGCGAGGUAAACAAUGGAACCUGUGAACAACUUUGUAGAAAUGAAGAAGGGAGUUUCUCUUGCUUCUGUUCAGAUGGAUUCUCGCUUGAAAGUGACAACACAACUUGUACAGACGUCAAUGAAUGCAGAAACUAUAAUGGUGGAUGCGAACAAACGUGCAAGAACACAAACGGAUCUUUCAUUUGCGGCUGCACCAAUGGAUUUUCCUUACAUUCCGAAAAUGGAACAUGCAAAGACAUAAACGAAUGUAAAACAAAUAAUGGACUUUGUGAUCAUCAUUGUUUCAAUUCCGAUGGAGCAUAUUAUUGCUCUUGCUCAGACGGUUUCUUGUUACAAGGAAACAAUCAAUCAUGUGAAGACGUGGAUGAAUGUGAUACCGAGAAUGGUGGUUGUGGGCAGAUUUGUGUCAACUUAAACGGAUCCUUCACCUGUGGAUGUAAAGCCGGCUUUUCUUUAAUGGCGAAUAAUUUGACAUGCGACGACGUGAAUGAAUGCAAUGCCAACAACGGUGCAUGUACCCAGAACUGCGUGAAUGAGAUCGGAUCCUUCACAUGCGGAUGUCAUGAUGGCUUUUCUCUCCUAGAUGAUGGAAAAACAUGCUUCGAUAUUGAUGAAUGUGAAAAAAGUAACGGAGGGUGCCAGGAGAAGUGUACGAAUUCCGAAGGUACAUUUCACUGCAGUUGUGACACGGGCAAAACUCUAAAUGACGAUGGGUUUACCUGUGACAAUACAACGUUUCCUUCAAUUUCCUCAACACUGAGACUCGUAAUCGAUGAAUCACUAUCAAAUGAACGACACAAUGCAUCAGCAAAUGACAAUAUUUUUGAAAAAGUGAAGGAGUCUCUUGACACAUACUUUAAGACAUUCAUCAAGAAUCCUAUCACUGUGGCCGUACAUCAGAUAAGGAAAUUCCAGGACAAAGAUGGGAAAAUUGUUAUUGUAGCAAGUUAUACGGUUUGGUACAACGAAAGCGGGAUGAGCAAUAAAGAAAAAGACAGACUACUUCGUGGAUCUACUGAUCUCGCUGACGGAACUACUUUGCUGUACGGUGGAAAGACUGUACACGCAAACUUUUGUACAACGACAAAAAUAUGCCGGAGAACAGAAGUGGACUUUGUGAGGUACACAAAAUGCUUUAUGGAAAUUGUGAACCAGGGUUUGAUUGCAGAAUUAAAGGAAACACCCCUCGCUGCGUAAAAACUCAGCCUACAGAAUCACGUCAAAAAGGUGGAUCCAUUGUCUACAUUGCUCCUGUUCUUGUUGUUAUAUUGUUGUUGGGGGCUGGAAUAAUCGCCUUCUGGUAUAUAAAGAAGUAAAGGAAACACACUAGUGAUUCAGGUGUUAAAUAUAAACGGGAACGUUCGGCAACACUACUGAGCGAACUUCAAGAAGGAGACAACACUUACCAAGAAAUGAAAUGUACAGAGGAGGCUACAUCAAGAUUUUUCGCAAGUGAGCCAUCAUCAAUCACGUCGAAUCUUGCAGGCGGCGAGGAGAUACGAAACUCUUCAGAACUAUCAAAUGUUAAAGUCAAGAGGUCAUCACAAGAGAUCACAGCUGACAAAAUGAAAAAGGUUUCCUCACAAUCUGAAGAAAAAGAAACAAAAUCAACCAAAGACAAAAAGAAGACAAAUCCAAUCUUCUAUUGAAAGAGGAGCUACACGAGACACAAUCAUAACAAAAUGAUGGCCAGAAGAAAUGCUACUAUGAAAUUUCAAAUAAUACAAAUAUACAAUGUAUUUCUAUACGUACCGAAAUGUUAAUAAAACAUGCCAAGAGAUAUGAGAGAAAGCAAUUUAACUCAUUUUAUACAAUAACCAUGUACGAAAAAAAGAGAAGUAUUUAAUGAUGCAUGAUUGUGCUAAAAACCUUUCUUGUAUGCUAAUAAAUUACUAAUGCUAAUGUUUCAUAUCGCAUUAUAAAUAAACUAAAAGUAUGAUUAAUCUGUAAUAAUAACUUUAUGAGUAUGCGAUGAACAUUAAUUGCGUUGUUUUGGUCGAUGUGUAAUGUCAGCUAUUACUUUCAAGUACAACUGGUCGUUUAUUGAUUUAGUAGGGGAUUACUUUUAUUUACACCGUCCCGUGUCUUUGGAACAUGGUGGGGGUAAGAGUGAGGUUGGGUGCGCACCAUACACCGGUUUAAGCUCCCCAGUGGUGUUUUUGCCACUGACCGUUCCAAGGCGGUGCCCCACUGUGUUCCUUUGUUUGUUCUUUUUGUCCUCAUGUGUUGGCUUUGUGUAUUUGCGCGUGUAUGUGUGUGUGUGUGUUUUGGUGUGCACGUCUGCGUGCUGUAGGUUUCGUUUUGGGGAGGCUGCGUUUUUGGUACGUGGCAUUCCCUGUUUGAUAUUUGUCUUUGUUUUUUAGUGUUUCAUUUAUGCAUGGCUAUUCAAAUAACUUGACACAAACAUUUACCACAACAAUUUCAUUUUCUUGUUGGCUGAGGCUAAAAUGAACUAACCUUCUUGAAAUUCAAAUACAGAUAUAGUCUUUGUGUACGUGUGUGUGUGCACGCGCGUGCGUGCAUGAGUGUGUGUGUUUCUUUUUUUUAUGGUCUUUGGAAAAAAACAAAGAAAAAUAUCAAACAGGGAGUGCCACGCACCAAAAGCGCAGCCUCCUCAAAACGAACCGUAUUAAAUAUAUUUUUUUAUCGUUUGUAUAUCACAGAGCCGAACCGUUAGUUAACUUGGUUCCUGUACUUUAGCGGAGUUGUUACAUUUUUGUCCUUUUUAGCCGUUGGGUCCAUUCAAUGUCUCUAUAUAAAUGAAAUUCCGCUUAAGCAAGACCCGGUUAACUGCUCAUUUAUCGUGGUUCAGCUCAAAUACGCUCAACAAAGAAGUGCAUGUUGAAAAAAAAAAACAAAAACAAAUAAAACAAGGAA